AUGAACCUUCAGUCAAACCACGGGACCAAAGGAGUUUCCACAAAAAAAAAAUUUGAGACCAAUAUCAGGUUUAAGGGUUUUAUUGGGCCUCACACAGAUAAAUGGGCUUUACCAUUCCAAUUUGCUAAAGCCGUUGUCGCUAUUAGCACAUCCUUCCAUAUAUUAACUUCGCUUGCAGCAAUUCCGAGAGAAAACAAAAAAAACCUCAAGAAUCAAAAUCCGACCAUGUCUGAUAUCAAAAAAAGGAAAAUAACUCAAACGACGAUGAUGGACCUGUCGUCAGAGUUGUUGGAAGAGAUACUCUUGCGGGUCCCAGCUAAAUCCCUUGCAGUAAUGAAACUCACUUGCAAGGAGUGUAAAACCCUAAUCGAAGACCCUAACUUCGUCGAGAAGCAAUUCUCCCGCUUGUGUGGACGUGAACAGCAACUCAUAGUCAUCACCGACGUCUCUGCAGAUUCCAGUUCAUCAUCAUCAGGUUUAAAAGUAUCUUGCAUCGGUAUCGAUUUCAACCGUCUCAAAGAACCUUGUUUGAAUGUCGAUGUUUUUACACCUGAGUAUCUUGUUAAGGCUGUGUUUGAGUGCGAUGGUCUUUUGGUAUGGGUCAUGAAAAAGAAUAUUUACAUCUUGAAUCCAAUGUUGCAUAGAGGAAAAGUUAUACCGGUAACACCUCGUCAAGGGUAUGACUAUUGCGACUAUGCGUACGGUCUUGGUUAUGUUGCAAACCCAUCAAGAACAACUGCAAGCUCUAAUGAUUACAAAAUAGUUAAGUUUAGUUGUCAUAGUACUUUUAAACUUGAUUUAUGGACGUAUGAUUUCAAAUCUAAAUCUUGGAAUGAGGUUUUGGAUAAAAGCUUUGAUGGGUUCUACAACUUUCCAAUCUCGAGUGUGUGUUUGAGAGGGACUCCUUACUGGUUAGGUAUUUGUAAGAAGCGUGGUACUACAAUCUAUUCAAUCCAGAGUUUUGAUUUUGAGAAAGAAUGUUUUGAGCCCUUAUUUCUUCCACCUACAACUUUUGGGUGGGAAGAUUCUGUUUCUUUAGGGGUUUUCAAAGUAGAUUACAUCUUUCUGUUACAUCAAUCAAAGUCGACUCCUAAGAUGAACUUGUGGGUGAAGAAAGAGCAUUGGGACAUCAUGAUGACUGUUGUUAUACCUGAACCUAUGAUUCAUCUUUGCUCAAGUUACUUGAUUGAAAACAAUAGCAAGCUUGUGAUAGCUGGUAGUCACUUUGAAACCAAUUCUGUUACCGUCUACAUUGGAGGGGAGAAUGAAGAGUCUAAGAAACUUGAAUAUCGAUGUGGCACAAAUAAUAUAAUCGGUGGUUGCUACUAUGCUCCAAGUUUGCUAAUGGUUCCUGGUUUUUCUAGGUGA